AUGGUCAAAGUCGCAGUUCUUGGUGCUUCUGGCGGUGUGGGACAACCACUAUCAUUAUUGCUGAAAUUAAGCCCCUACGUUUCCGAGCUGGCUCUGUACGAUAUCAGAGCUGCGGAGGGCAUUGGUAAGGAUUUAUCUCACAUCAACACCAACUCAAAUUGUGUCGGUUAUGACAAGGACAGUAUUGAGAGCACCCUGUCAAAUGCUCAGGUGGUCCUAAUUCCGGCUGGUGUUCCUAGAAAACCUGGUUUAACCAGAGAUGAUUUGUUCAAGAUGAACGCUGGUAUUGUCAAAAGCUUGGUAACUGCUGUUGGCAAGUUUGCGCCAAAUGCAAGGAUCUUAGUCAUUUCGAACCCUGUUAAUAGUUUGGUCCCUAUCGCCGCGGAAACUUUGAAGAAAAUGGGCAAGUUCAAACCCGGAAACGUCAUGGGUGUGACGAACCUUGACUUGGUACGUGCAGAAACCUUUUUGGUAGAUUAUUUGAUGUUAAAAAACCCCAAAAUUGGACAAGAACAAGACAAAACUACAAUGCACAAAAGGGUUACUGUUAUUGGAGGCCAUUCAGGGGAGACCAUUAUCCCAAUAAUCACUGACAAAUCACUGUUGUUUCAGCUUGAUAAGCAGUAUGAGCAUUUCAUCCAUAGGGUCCAGUUUGGAGGCGACGAAAUUGUCAAGGCUAAACAGGGCGCCGGUUCCGCCACGUUGUCCAUGGCGUUCGCGGGGGCCAAAUUUGCUGAAGAAAUUUUGAGGAGCUUCUAUAAUGAGAAACCAGAAACGGAGUCACUUUCCGCAUUCGUUUAUUUACCAGGCUUAAAAAAUGGCAAGAAAGCGCAGCAGUUAGUCGGCGACAACUCUAUCGAAUAUUUUUCGUUGCCAAUUGUUCUGAAAAAUGGUAGCAUAGUAUCCAUCGAUACCAGUAUCUUGGAAAAACUGUCUCCGAGAGAAGAACAACUGGUUGAUACGGCGGUCAAAGAACUACAUAAGAAUAUCGAAAAAGGUAAGAGUUUCAUACUAGACUCUUCCAAACUAUGA